AUCAUUCAUAUAAAAACGACGACUUUAGAGACUUUUAUUUUUAGUUUGUUAUUGUACCUCAGACUAGAUUGAAACUGCUGCCCACGGAAUAUUAAAUAAAUCAACUACAUUAAGAUGCGUUUUGUUAUUGUGUUCUUGUUGGUCACAUGCUUCGCUGUUGCAAUUUUUGCUAAGCCGGGCAAAACAGCACAAAAUCCGUCUUGUUCGCGCGACUGCGGUGAAAAAUAUGAGCCGGUUUGCGCCAAGACCAAGAAUAGUAGCAAAGAGCGUUUGCUGACUUUUGGAAAUGAAUGCGUAAUGGGUAAUUACAAUUGUCAACAUAGCGAUGAUCCUUUCGAAGUGAAAUCUAAAGGAGAAUGCGGUGGUAAUGUCAGUGUUCGUUUAUCUUGAAAUUUUCUUCAAUAAUUAAUGUAUGCAAAAAAAAAAACAAGUCACUGUUGAAUAUUCAAUAAAUUAAAGCACAAUUUAUUUUUAAAGCAGUUAAUAUAUAUUUUGUGUUUAAUCUAAUAAUAUAGGUUUCCAUAGGUUGCAUUUCAGGUUGUUUUCAAUUACCCGCCAACGUAAUCCUUAAACAUCAGACUUUAAUUUAUUCUUUCACUAGGGCCCGACUUCGUUACAAAACUUAAUACAUACAUAUAUAUAUAUAUAUAUUCGUUUAUUUUUUCUUAUUAUCGUUUAAAAUUAAUCAGAAUUU